UGCUCCGCUCCUCCCAGCCUCCUCUAUCCCGGAAGUUGAUGCCGCGCCGCAGCUCGCGUGCGGCUCGCUAGGGUGUGUGUCGCCUUAGAGAUCUGGACGGGCUGGGCUUGCGGAAGCGUCAGCAUGCCUUUGGCAAGAGAUUUACUACAUCCGUCCUUGGAAGAGGAAAAGAAAAAACAUAAAAAGAAACGGCUAGUUCAAAGUCCGAAUUCUUAUUUUAUGGAUGUAAAAUGUCCAGGUUGCUACAAGAUUACUACGGUUUUCAGCCAUGCUCAGACAGUGGUUCUUUGUGUAGGUUGUUCAACAGUAUUGUGCCAGCCAACAGGAGGAAAGGCCAGGCUCACAGAAGGGUGCUCAUUUAGAAGAAAGCAGCACUAAUGAUCCACACAGCUUCUUGAAUUUGUGUUACAUCGCAGAAAGCCUUAUCAGUUCAGUAAUUCUAGUUAAUCUACCAAGAUAAUGUAAUUAUGUUUAAUUUUGUAAGGUGUACAACAGUGAUCUCCUAUUUGGGUGUCAGUUUUUCAAUAAAGUUUUGAUUAUGGGCAAA